GGUUUGCUCCGCCCUGCGCCGUAGCCACACUCUGGGCCUACCCUUCCCAGCAGCCCCUGCAGGCAGGCGGCCGGAGAUGCAGGCAGCGCGCGGAGCCAUGGCCAACUUCCGCCUGGCACUUAUUCAGCUCCAUGUAUCUGCUGUCAAAUCGGACAACCUCCAGCGAGCCUGUGGGCUGGUAAGGGAAGCAUCCGCCAAAGGAGCAAAAGUUGUGGCUCUGCCUGAAUGCUUUAAUUCUCCGUAUGGAACCCAAUACUUCAAGGAAUACGCAGAGAAGAUCCCUGGAGAAUCGACACAGAAGCUCUCAGAAGUUGCAAAGGAGUGCAGCAUAUAUCUUGUCGGAGGAUCCAUUCCAGAAGAGGAUGGUGGAAAGCUGUACAAUACAUGUAUCGUCUUUGGUCCGGAUGGUGCUAUAUUGGCAAAGCACAGGAAGAUUCAUUUGUUUGACAUUAAUAUUCCUGGGAAGAUGCAGUUCAAGGAGUCUGAAACGCUGAGUCCAGGGGAUAGUUUCUCCGUGUUUGAUACUCCGUACUGUAAAGUGGGCCUGGGCAUCUGCUAUGACAUCAGAUUUGCUGAGCUGGCUCAAAUCUAUGGACAGAAAGGUUGUCAGCUGCUGAUAUAUCCAGGGGCUUUUAAUAUGACAACGGGACCUGCUCAUUGGGAAUUGCUACAAAGGGGACGAGCUGUCGAUAAUCAAGUCUACGUAGCUACUGUAUCUCCUGCUAGAGAUGAAAAAGCAUCCUACAUUGCCUGGGGACACAGCUCUGUAGUAAAUCCAUGGGGUGAAGUCAUAGCCAAAGCUGGGGCUGAGGAAACAGUUAUCUACACAGAUAUCGAUCUGAAGAAACUUGCAGAAAUCCGUCAACAAAUUCCUAUUUUAAGCCAGAAGCGUUAUGAUCUCUAUGGCAUAGAGAUGAAAAAGUGAAGCUGGGUGAACAGGAAAGGUUCUAGUGGCACAGCAGCUGCUGCUUCCAUCUUCAGGAUUCCCUUCCUGGUUGCUCCACAGGCUACUGUGAUAAUUAAUUAGGAACAGAAUGACUUAUUGGUAUAAUUCUGAAACUGAUUCAAGCACAACUUUAUUUUACAGUUCUAAACAGCUACGAUAAAGCUGGAGGUGAAAUCAACUCAGUCAUCUUUUUAGUCAUAACUGUAUUAAGAUACUUUUGUUUGUUUUGCUUUUAAGUUUCGGAGGCUUUUUUUGUAGGAUGGAGAGAGGUGGGAACAAUGUUCUCUCUGAAAAUCCUCUGAAGUCAGCUUUAGUAUUAUGAACUUUUCACUGAAUUAUCAGAUGCUCUAGAAAUAUGACUCUUUCACAUCUAUACAUAAACAACUCUGAGUUUCUUAAACGCCCAACUUCAAACCGGGCAAGCUUAAAGUUUAACAUACUAACCAAAAUAGGCCAAGUUCUGCUCUGAACUACUUAAUGUUAAGAAGCAGUCAAACAGAAUUAUUACUAUACGAGAAUCUGUAGCAGAAUAUCUGUAUUAGAUUCUUCAUACAAUUCCUGCUUAUUGCUGAAGCGAUGUUACUGUUUUGUUAAAGCAAUUCAUGUGUCACCACACCUUUGCUCUGUUUCCGCUUCCUGAAUGUAAUGUCUGAAUUGGCUUUAGUUUUGAUCUCUAGUUGUCUUCUACUGAAAAGGCUGAGGGGAGUCAAUCGUAAAGGGUUAGAAAACUUGUUGUAAUAAUUAAGCUUUUCUGUCCAUAGUGUCACAGAAUGCGGGUACCUGUAUUGCUGAACAUCUACAUGCAUUACUGCUACCAAAGGCCAGCUCCCUCCAGCUGCAUGGGACAUGUGCCCUACUGCAUUGCUCUUGCUGAAGAGACUAGAAAACUGAUGAAAGAUGGCUUUAAGGAGCUUUAUAAGAGAUUUUUUUCUUGGAAGGAAGGCACCUUAGUGGUUCAAUUUCUAAGGAAAAAGCCAAGAAUUUGCAAAUGGCAAUUAUUUUCCUUAAGUGGGAAGCAAAAAGAAGCACACGACUGUUCACCCUCUACCUCUGUGCUUUUAGUUUUCCACGACCAAAAAGGUGGAUCUACAGGCAAAAAGAGACUUCAGUUUGCAACAAAGGAGGACAGCUGAAAGCUUUUGUCUUGUUCUGUCUAGCCACUUUUGCCCCAAACCACCUUACCUGUUCCUUCUUCAGCCAUCCUUCAGCCAUCCUCCUUCUCCCGCAGCUGUCCUCUUUCUGAUGUUCCUUUGACUUCUCUGGGGUUAGUCAGCUGUGUUGUUCAGAGGCCCCAGCCACCUAUAGGGAAAUUAAUGGUUACAUUAAGUUAAACCCUAAGGAGUCUUUCCCCUAGAAGCCAGGUGCCAUCACUCCACUCAGUGGCAUUAUCUAUUCCAGCAGCCUUCUGUUCCUGUGCUUUCUCAGCAUUUUGGUAUACACACUGUAUUGGGACUCUUAAGAAACACGCCAUGGAGCGUAAUGUGAACUGAAAAAUUAUUUGUUGAAAAAUAAAUGUAGAAAAAUUAACAAUUUA